UCUAGAAGAUAAGGGUUGUUUAACUGUGCCUCAUUUGUUUUUUUUGUUUAUUUUAUAAAGGGAAAGUAAGAAAAAGAAGCAGAAGAAAAUCAAAGCAAAGACUUCAUCUGCAUUAUCAUUUAACCUCGAUGAUGAGGAGGUCAAUGAGGAUUCUGAACCUGGUAAUCUUUCUCUUUUAAACGUUACCCUUUAAUCCUGAACAUUGAAAUUUAAAUUUUCAAUUGUUGCUGCUAUAUGUUUCAUAGUAUUAUAGAAGAAGUGGAAAAAGUUAAUUGAAUCAAAUAAAUUAUAUAUCUGAUGUCACUUGUAACUACUCUGUCUUGGCUUAAAAAGUUACUUUAAACCUUAAGCUGCCCCGUAGCAAGUCGUGUUGGAGUAGUGUUGUACCUGGUAACAACAAAAUGGAUGGUUUUCUUGUACAUUACUUAUCACAUCAAAGUUAAUGAACCAUGUGUUAGUUCUUUUGUAUGUAUUACCCCUAAAUUUAAUCAAGAAGUUAAUGCUUGUUGUCAAGUGCUAACAGAGUUGUUGCUUAUAUCCGCAAACAGAUUAGAACUCCAGAUUGAUCUCUUUACAUUUCCUUCGAGAAUUAGUUGCACAAAUUGGACUAAAGAUCAAAGCAUUUUCCCCCGGCUGAUCAUUUUAGUAAUUCUCAUGACCUUUUUGCCUUCGUUAUGAUGUAUGGAUAUUAUUAGGAGAAAAUUGAUGUUGGUCAUUCGUGGGACUUAAAAGGGUUAACAGUCCAAGGUGAUUUCACAAUAAAUCACUAUCACCCUAUCUUUAACAAUGUUUUCAAAAUGCUUCCUUCCUUAAAUGUAAUGGUGGUAAUCGUAAUGGUCGGGAUGAUGCUUUUUUUUGAUUUCUUGCAGUUGUCCCUUUAAAGAAGAGGAAGCCAGGAAAAAAUCCAGAUGUAGAUACAUCAUUUUUGCCUGAUAGAGAAAGAGAGGUAAUGAUGACAAGUGAGAGUGGGAAAUACUUUAAAAGGUUAUGUUUUCUUUUAAGUUCUGAAAAGCACACACAUAAAAAAAAUAGUCUCUAGGUUAAGCACAGGAAACAUAAGCAACCAAAUUAUAUUUUUACUUUUGAGAUUGUAAAUUUAUAUAAAAGAUGUGUGUCCUUGUAAUUUUAUCAAAAGGAAUCUAAAAUGAUAAAUGGCAUUUAAUGGCUUUGACAAACAUAACCUUGCAGCCUCACUACAAAUGUAACUCUAGUUACCUUGAAGUGGCUGUCCUGUGCCCAUGUACAACUCUACCUUACUUAAGGGUAUUAAUCUUAUUCUCUCGGGUAAUUCUGCCUUGGCCAUCCCGUACUCUACUUUGCAUCGAGAUAGUCUUCCAGUGCACAUGUUAAACUCUGCCUAUGAAAGGUGGGUAUUCUGUAUUCUGUAGCACAUGACUGUGUAAUUUUGCUGACACAAAAGUGGUCUUCCUGUGCCUAUGUACAACUCUUCCUCACAGGGAAAUGGGUAACCAGUGGCAUAUGGAGAAGAGGCCGUCUGGUAUGGUUAUAUUUCAAAAUAAAUGAUUACAUUGUUAAUGGAUUUUAUGGUUCUUUUUGAGACAGGAGAUGGAAAGAAAAGAGCGAGAACACAUACGGCAAGAAUGGGUUGAGAAGCAGGAGAAAAUUAAAAGUAAGCACUGUUAUAUAGUUACGUCACCCAGAUAUCAUCAAAACUGUCCGACCUGGCAGAAAAUUCUAAUACCAAAUUUUUUAAGUAUUGUUACUCUGGUCGUAGUCAACGUUAAUUAUUUCAGUUAAUCAGGUACAUAUAAUUUGUUGCGUUUUUGUAGAUGAAGGUGUUGAAAUUACAUAUAGUUAUUGGGAUGGAUCAGGACACAGAAGAACACUAAAGGUAAAAAAGACAUCACUGAUUAACAACUCUGAAUUAUUUUGAAGUAGUUUACAUUUUUAUUUUGUUACUCAAUAGAACCUAGAGCACUAUCAAGAGCAAAUCAUGUAGUCUGCGAGCAAAUUCUCCAUUUGGGGAAUAGUUAGCCUGUUCCAGGCUCCGAGAUUGUCGGGUCCGUUGAGAAAGUGCGAAGACGAAAAUAAAACGGGAGGAAACUGGGGAGAGGAGGCGCCAACUUUCGCGUCUUCCAGCGUGCAAAGAAAGUAGUGUCCAAUAGCCCAGGGCUUUACUAUCGGGCUAAUGAAUUCUUUUUUUUCACUUGCCUGACGGGCAAGUGAUGUUUUUUCAGGAAUUCGAAUUACAGAAGAACCGUGAAAUCAAUUCUGCUAGUCAAAACGUUUUGGGGGCUAGUUGAAAUGACGUCUGGGCUAGUAAAUGCUGGCUUCAGCUUGCCCGAAUGGCAAGCUGUAAAAAUGAUUUUCUUUGCACCCUGUCUUCCCCACUAUCUGAGGGCCUCAAGCAGGCUAGGGAAUAGUGAACUUAUGCGGUAGGACAGCAGAGGGCCGGGAGGGGGGGGGUGCUCCUGGGAAUUCCUGGUGGGGUGUGCCGCCCUGUUCUCCAAAUCCUGACCCUAUUUCAGACCAAAAAAUGUAAUUUUCCCCACCCUUUUUCAGACCAGACCUCUGAAAUUCAUACCCGUUUUCAGACCUGGCCUUUAGGCAGAAAUUAUGUUAUCAUUACUUAGAUUAGAGUGCAAACAAAAAAAUUAUUCAAAUUCAUUUGGAAUUCGCAUAUUUCUCUUUCUUUCUUACUCAUUUGGAGUUGAAACGAUAAAUACGUUCAUACGCUCCCGCAGUUCCCUCGAAAACCAUACCCGAUUCCAGACCAAAAUGGGCGAAGUGUAUACCCGUUUUUAGACCAAAACGGCCCAAAAAACCCACCCCGAUGGGGCGGUACAUACCUAUAUAGCUUAUAUAAGGGAGUACCCCCCCCCCCCCCUCCCCCGGGAGCAGAGGAAAGGGUAAACCCCGUGUGACAAUCGUGAAAAUUUAAUUUUGUUUGGAAAAUUUUUCUGCCAAACGUCACGUUCCUUUAAACUGAUCUGUUUGUAAAAGACCAAAACACAGUAAUGUUAAACGAACGCACAAGUAAUCAUCAAGUCACGUUUGUCACACACAAACAUUUUGCCGUCCUCUUGUUCCGUGCAAAAGUACUGCUAAGGAGGUUUCAUUUGAAUGGUCACACUAUAGGAUUUCAUUCACAGUUUCAAAAUUUAGAAUAAUACAAGACUCGGAGCCAAACGGUUGAAUGUACAAAAGAACUGAUUUUCAUUUCUUAAGCGAAUGUCAUGAACAUCAUGGAAUGAAGAUGUUAGAUAAUAUUUCUGCUAUUUCUUAUCGUCAGAUGAAAAAAGGCAAUAAAAUUUCACAGUUUCUUCAAAAAUGCAUUGAGCAACUUAGGAAAGACUUCACUGAAUUCAGGUAAGCACUUUUGUCAACUUACGUUCUCUUCGACAGUUAUAAAGGUGACAACUUUUUGACGCUUUUUUUCCUCGUGUAGAGCUAUCACUACGGAAAACUUGAUGUAUGUAAAAGAGGAUCUUAUAAUUCCCCAAGUGAGUAAUUAGCCUUUUAAAAAAAUGAAAAACUGAACUAGUUCUACCUAAAAAACAAUUUUAUUAAAUUUUUGGAUAUGAUACCCGAAGAAAUCAAGGUGGAGGCUGAUAACACUCACCGAGACGUUGAUUAUUUCGGAUAUCACAAAAACUGAAUCUAAUAAUUGUUUUAUUAUACAUUGUUUUAAAGAAAAUAAGGAUAAACACAACAUCGCAUCAUUGCCCUUGGAAAUGAUGCAUUGCGCGCGCAACCUACAGAUAAGACACUAAUCUGCGAGCAGAUAACUAACUAGUUUGUAGCUUGCGCCGUUUUCCGAAAUUAACUGUAGGCUCUUAGCCAGUGAGAAGGAAGAAAGUGAGUACAAUUAAUGUCUUCAUUCUAUUUUGUACAAACCUCAUUCAAUAAUUGUUACAUAUUUAGUCGCUCAAUUGUAACGAUUAAAUUGGUAAAAACAGAACAAAGUCAUGCUAAUUUCGUUCGCGGUUUUUUCUGAUCUUGCAGCAUUACACUUUCUAUGACUUCAUUAUCAACAAGGCUCGUGGCAAAAGUGGGCCGCUCUUCAGUUUUGAUGUUCAUGAGGAUGUCAGAAUGACAAGUGAUGCUUCCGUGGAAAAAGAUGAGGUCGGUAAAACUGCUGUUACACCCAAAAGCACAAUGAUUAUUUACGUUGGUCAGUUGAACUAGUCAAAGCUCCAGUAGUCACCUUUCCGGAAAUAAUAGCUGGUUGCUUUCGUAAAAAUGGCAAUCUUCGCCAUGUUCUUGUGUAAGCGUAAACAUCUGAAGCAGGGUGCGUCGUUUUUUUUCGUCGCGAUAUACCAAUGCCGAUAUAUUAAAAUUCAUACAGUGGAACCCCGUUAAUACGGUCACCAAUCGGUCAAAAAAAAUGGGGCGUUUUAACGAGGUAACCGUAUUAACGAUGGUCUUUUUGUUUUGGAGAAGAAAAUUUGUGGCGGUCUUUGCCAGGCGGCCAAAAAAAAUGGCCGUAAUAGCGAGGUGACCGUAAGGCGGGGUUUCACUGUACUUGGCUGUGAGGCUUGAAAGAAAUCAUCAAAAUCAAAAGAAAUCAUCUGGAGGCUCAAAAAUGAAUGAUACAUUUCUUUUGUUUGGAGCCAAGUAUGAAUUUUAAUAUAUCGAAAAUGGUCCAUUUACCCGUAUGCUGGCUGUAGCCUCCGUGUUUAUGGAGAAAACCUGUCUCGGGCGAGCCAACUUUUCCUACAUUUCCUUACAAAACUUGACGAACAGUUUACAUGAGAAACAAAAAGUUGUCUCGGUUAGAAGAAUGACCCACCUAGCCGGGGCUCCCUCGUAGACGGGCCAUGCUUUCUUGCUGCUGACUCGGGCAAAGGGGUCAUCUUUAUUCUCAUGUAAACGUUGGCCAAAGGUGACCCUCUUUCCCGGGACAACUUUUUCCCAUAGAAACAGGGCCUUAGUCCCGUGCCUAGUGCUUGCUUUCUUGCAUUCCAAGUCUUUUUAUACCAAGUGCUAACAUCGGGCGAUCGUCGGAUCGACCUGAUACCAUACCAACUUGGCGUCUUCAUACUAAGUACAAGCCUUUCAAUAACGUUGUUUGAGUAUCUCACGUGUGAAAUACCGCUGAGGCCAGACUCUUGGCGAGAUGUUUUACACAUCACUCCUCUGACUAUCAUCUGUCAUAAUUCUUGACUGUUUAUGCGGUCUUAAAAUGAAAAUCAGCUGUUAAAUCCUCUAUGAACUCAUCUUUCUGUGAAAUGAAAUUAAUCCCACAAGUCUCCUAAAGGAAACAGGUCGUUUCGAUACAAGUCGUUUCAAGACGAACGCAAGCAGUGAAAUUGCACAAAACGUUCUUUCACUUAGUAGAAUAAUUUGCGCGUGAACAAGAAAAACAUUUUGGCUGAAUAUUCUGCGUUCUUUAAGUCAAGUUACAACUCGACUGAUUAAACUUGUAUCGAAAUGACUUUUUAUCGAAACGACCUAUAACCCUCCUGACGCUCAGUGGUAGUGGUAGACUAAUAACCAGAAGCUCACAGGUUCGACUUCUAUUGGGUGUACUUGGAAUUUUUCUUCCGAGUCGCCUGUGUCACUGACUGACAAAAACAUCUUUCUCAUGGAAAAUUUGUGUUAUCGCUAAUCUGUUCGCUGUUCUUCUUGCAGUCACAUGCGGGGAAGGUGGUUCUGCGUUCUUGGUACGAGAGGAAUAAACACAUUUUCCCCGCUAGCCGGUGGGAGCCUUAUGAUCCUGAGAAAACAUGGGAAAAAUAUACGGUA